AUGGAGAAAGAUACCCAACGACCGGAUGGUCAAAACCAGGCCUCAGAAGGCCAGGCCCAACCUCAAGGUCAGCAGCAGAAUGAGCAGAAUGGCCCGCCAGACGGUGGCUAUGGAUGGGUCUGCACAGCAGCAGCAGCCACGAUCAACGCCCACUCAUGGGGCUUCAACUCUGCAUACGGCGUAUUCCUCGCCCACUACCUGAAGCACAAUACUUUUCCCGGCUCUUCACCCUUGAAAUAUGCCUUCGUGGGAUCCCUAAGCAUUACUCUGCUAUUACUAGUGUCACCCAUCGCCACAAUAUCCGUUCGAGAAUGGGGCAUAAAACCAAUAAUGUUCUGCGGAGUCAUUCUCGAAACCGCCAGCCUAAUCUGUGCGAGCUUCGCCACCGAGAUCUGGCACCUCUUCCUUACACAAGGAAUCCUCUUCGGCAUGGGUGUAGGCUUCCUCUUCAUCCCCACGGCAGCAGUCGUCCCCCAAUGGUUCACCACAAAACGCUCCCUAGCCAGCGGCAUCUCCCUCUCCGGCGCCGGCCUCGGCGGGCUCAUCUACUCCCUCGCAACCGGCGCCAUGAUUCGCAACCUAGGACUGCAAUGGGCCUUCCGAAUCCUUGGCAUAAUCGGCUUCAUCGUCAACACAACCUGCACACUCCUAAUCAAAGACCGCAACAGCAGGACGACUGGCCCCAACAAACAAACAUCCAUGAACCUCACCCUCCUCCACAAGGGCGAAUACCAACUCCUCCUCGGCUUUGCUAGCUUCACAAUGCUCGGCUACUUCGUCCUCAUGUACAGUCUCGCCAACUACGCCAACGAAAUCGGCCUCAACGCCUCUCAAGCUUCCAUCAUAACCGCAAUAUUCAACCUCGGACAAGCCGUCGGCCGCCCCUGCAUCGGCUACUUCAGUGACCGCGUCGGACGGAUCAAUAUGGCCAGCUCCAUGACUUUCCUGUCAGGCAUCUUGGCGCUGGUUGUCUGGACGAACGCGAAGAGCUACGCGGUGUUGGGAUUCUUUGCCGUCGCGGAGGGGCUCAUCGCGGGAAACUUCUGGGCUACUAUUGCGCCGCUGAUGGCUGAGGUCGUCGGGUUGAAGGAGGUGCCGGCUGGGCUGAAUCUGUUGUGGUUGAGUAUUGUCUUGCCCUGUACGUUUAGUGAGCCGAUUGCGUUGGAGAUCUUUGCGGGAACGGGCAGUUAUCUGGGGACGCAGUUAUUUACAGGGUUUGUUUAUUUGGCUGCGGCGGGGUGUUUGGUGGCUUUGAGGGGGUGGAAAGUUAUGGUGGAUUCGAGAUGUGCUGGUGUGUCUGGGGAUAGUAUUAAUGGGGGGAGAGCUGAUGGUUUGGACGCACCUAUGGGUAGGCCGGAGAAGGUCGGGCUUAUGGAGUAUUGUCGACUUUGUUUUCAGUGGGCUAUUGUUUGA